AUGCUUGACUUCACACGUGGCGUCUUCGGAUUGGACACCCCUUUCAGUGUUGUGGCCACAACCCAUCUCACAAAUUCAACUACCAAUUUCCAGAACUACACUAUUUUGGAAGAGCCCAAGGAGAUUUUGGCUCCCAAGAUGGUGGCUUGCCACACCAUGCCUUACCCUUACGCAGUUUUCUACUGCCACAGCCAGAAAAGUGUGAACAAGGUUUUCAAGGUUUUGUUGGGCGGUGAGGAUGGAGAUAGGGUAGAAGCUGUUCCUGUUUGUCACUUGGACACCUCUUAA